AUGGCUAAUAAAGUUAUUCAACUACAGAAAAUCUUCCAAUCGUCUACUAAACCUCUAUGGUGGAGACAUCCAAGAUCAGCGUUAUACCUAUACCCAUUUUAUGCCAUUUUUGCAGUAGCUGUUGUCACACCGCUACUAUACAUCCCAAAUGCUAUUAGAGGUAUCAAAGCCAAGAAGGCAUAG